AUGACCCCUGCUGUUUUGAACUUGAAAGGAAGGCCCAGAGAGGGAGCUCGGGAAAUCGGCUCACAGCGGGUCCCAAGGUCCCAAGAGUUGAGAUACGACAGUCAAGGUGCGCUGCAAUUGACCUGUAUUGGGUUUGGGGGCUCAAACAGUAGUAGGAUGCAUACCUACCUAGCAAAGGCUUGUUGCAAUGAACAAACCUUCUCUGCAGCUGCCCCUGACAAGAGCCUAGCUAAAACAAUAGAUCAAAUCACAUCGUACAACACAAAAAAGAAACCCAUGGGUCAAAAAAGCGACAUCUCGCGAUGCCGCGGAAAAAGAUAUGGCGUUUGUUUUACGAGUCACCCUAAUUUGUUGAAUCGUACUUCAGUCACGGCUGCCAAGAGCCCAAGACGGCUCGGCGCUGGAUGGUACCUUGGAUCAGGCGGCCUCUUAUUCGAGCAAACAAGGCGCCCUGGUUUAAGCAUGAAUUUAAGCGUUGUCAGCCACUUGCUUGGCACGGCUGUCAUUCCGCCCUGGGGGUGUGUGUCUAACUCCACGGUUGAAAGCACAGAAAAGGGAAACAGCCUGUUCUGCUCCAAUCCCAAGGGAGCAGCGACGCUUCAAUCAAACGUUAUCACACAGUCGAGCAUAAGCCCGUGGCUUGAGAAUGGGUGGUCUUGGUACGGUUCCAAAGAUGCCGUUCCAACCGUCUUGGCUUUGCAGGGGUACCGCUUAGAGGGGACUCAGCGGAAACAAAAAUGGGCUGGAGGUUUCUGA